AGAGAGAGAGAGAGAGAGAGGAGAGGGAGGACGACGACGAUUCAUACCGCGCCAUAACACACGACGAAAGCGACUUUCGUUUUUUGUAUCCGAAGCGCAACAGAAGACCUUUAGAGACGCGAAUUUACUUUGUGGAUCUUUCUUCUAUUUUAUUUUCCUAACAAUGCUCACAGUCGGAGCUGAAAAGUUUCAUUCGGGUAGCUGUCUUAUGUUAGUUUUGUUAUGUUAGUCCGAACAAUAUUUCUCCUCAGCCAGUGAAUCAAGAAACAGCGAUCAAAAUGAGAGCUCAAAUUGAGGUUAUACCAUGCAAGAUCUGUGGGGACAAAUCCUCUGGGAUUCACUAUGGCGUUAUUACAUGUGAAGGGUGCAAGGGUUUUUUCCGACGCAGCCAGCAGAACAAUGCCAUGUACUCGUGUUCACGGCAGAGGAACUGUCUGAUCGACCGAACCAACAGGAACCGGUGCCAACACUGUCGCCUGCAGAAGUGCCUGGCGCUCGGCAUGAGCCGUGAUGCGGUGAAGUUUGGCCGAAUGUCAAAGAAACAGCGGGACAGCCUGUACGCAGAGGUGCAGCGACACCAGCAGCUGUCUCAGGAGUGCAUGGUGGGUUUGGGUGGUGGUCUAGCACCACAUGACCGGGAAGAGACAGGUGAAGACAGCACACACAGCCGGCCGUACAGCAAUGGAGGCUCCAGUUCCAACCUCAGCGACCUGGACGACAUCGCCACGCUGCCCGACGGUUUGCUGUUCGACCUGCCGCUCACCCCAGAGGAGGCGAGCGAAUACUGCACUCUGGAGAUGCUCGGAGGCGGCGGAGGGUCCGGGAGUGCCGGAAGCGGAAGUUGGUCCAAUCAGAGCUCUCCAGAGCCCAGCGCUGUAGAUUGGACGGAAGCAGCGAGGGUGAAGCAUGAGUAUAUCCUGCCUGAAAACAGUCUUCUUACGCACUCUCUCCUGGGAUCUCUACCAGACAACUGCUCUCUGCACGACAUAGAGCGAAUCACUCAAAACGUUGUGAAGUCUCACCUGGAGACGUGUCAGUACAGCUCAGAAGAGCUGAAGAAACUUACCUGGAACGUGUACACACCUGAAGAAACCCGCAGCUUUCAACUCAAGUCUGCAGAGUGGAUGUGGCAGCAGUGUGCCCUGCACAUUACAAACGCCAUCCAGUACGUUGUAGAGUUUGCAAAGCGCAUCUCUGGAUUCAUGGACCUCUGCCAGAACGACCAGAUCAUCCUGCUCAAAGCAGGAUGUCUGGAGAUCCUGCUGAUCCGAAUGUGCCGUGCUUACAACUCUUCAAACAACACGAUGUUUUUUGAUGGCAAGUUCGCCAGUCCUCAGCUCUUCAAAGCUCUCGGGUGUGCUGACCUGGUGAACGCCGUCUUUGAGUUGGCUAAAAGUCUGAGUCGACUUCAACUGAGUGAUGAGGAAAUCGCUUUAUUCAGCGCUGCGGUUCUGCUGGCUCCAGACCGGCGGUGGUUGACAGAUUCUCAGCAGGUGCAGAAGCUCCAGGAGAAAGUCUACGUGGCUCUUCAGCACAGCCUGCACAUGAACGGAGCCACUACUGAGAAACUGGAUAAGAUGGUGUCCAAACUACCGCAGAUGAAGUCCAUCUGUAACCUGCAUAUUGACAAGCUGGAUUUCUUCCGCCUGGUUCACCCGGAAACAGCCUACAGCUUCCCGCCUCUCUACAGGGAAGUGUUCGGCAGCGAGAUCAAUUUCCCUGACUCCACCAACAGUUAGAGAGCGGGAGAUAGUGAGGGAGAGAAUGACAGAGAGUGUGAAGGGGAAAUCACGAGCGAGUUUUAAAGCAAGAGAGGCUAUUAUAUGUAAAAUCAGCAUUUCAAACGAACACAUUUAAAAACCUCCAGGGAGAAUCCUCAAUCUAUUGCAGCACUUUUAGCAUACACACACACACAAUACACUACAAACAUACACACCUAACCUGCUGCAAACACAGGGCCAGCGAACUAUAUCACAAAACAUACUCGUAUAGGGAUUAUUCCUGGAGUUGUGCUCUCAGAACUGUUUUUAUUUCAUGGAAACACUCCGAAAUGAUCUUUUAUGUACAGAUGUACAGUAUGCUUGCAAAGGCCCUUUGUCCCAUCUUGAAGAUGUCUAAGCAUGCAACUGUUCCUUCUGCAUCUGUAGACAGAGGUAUUUCAAGGAGUUUUAUAAGAGGUUUUAUCAUUUUAAUAGUUUUACAGGAUCAAACUGUCCUCCACAUGAACAUUCAGGAGAGCACAACACUUUUUACUGAAGCGAAUACAACAUACCAGAUAACGUCAUCCGUCCUUCGCCGCUGAAUCACUCUUUAAGCACUACUACUGCUUUUUUCCUCCCUCUCCUGUCGUUUUUUUCACCCUCGGACGAAUCAUGAAUGUAUCCCAAAAGCACUUAUUUUGAUUUGAGACCGAAUGUACACAAUGCACUUUUGGUCUUGCAUUAUGCUUAAUGAGACUUUAUGACAAUCCAUUUAAAAUAAUAACAACAAAAAAACUGAUGUGCCCAGAUUGUUUGUUAAAAAUGAAGGGACCAAUGUUAACAGUGCUAUGUUAAAGGAAUGUUCCACAUUAAAUACAAGUCAAGCUCAUUUCUAAGUUUAAAAUAAUAAAACAUUUUCUUUUUUCAAAAUAAGAUAUUUAGAAUUUUUUUUUUUUCAUUUUGAAUCAUCUCAUUUUGUUGAAACGAACACAAACAAGUAUGGACAGAAAGGAAAGGAAGCCUAUGGGGCAGCUGUACAGUUCUAAAACAAUUAGCCCUUACAGUGCUUAACUGUAUCUGAGCAUCUGAGUUUAACUUGUAGUUAACCUUGAAUAUUCCUUUAAAGCUAUUUAAACAAACCAGAAAUCAUUAGUGUGCUAAACUCUUUUCUAAUGUGCAAUAGAUGUCAAGUUUUUGCAGUCAUGGCCAAACGUUUGUGAACGCCUUUUGUUACAAUAACGCAACUGCAACCACAAAAUCCUCACUUUAACAGUUAUUUACAUGAUCUCAUACCUCAUAUUCAGCAGAAUUUUACACAUUUAGGACAGUAUUAAACUCUAGUAAACAACGUCUGAGUGCAGCAGUGCUUAACGGGACAUCAUUAUAUGCAAAAGAGAUAUAUAUAUAUAUAAGGGGUUUGCAAACUUUGGCAUGACUGUAAAGAAUAGAGUGCAUUAAUGCCUGUUCACUUUUCAGCAGAGUUGGUUUCGGAAGUGUUUUUUUUUUCUAUUCAUUUCCCAUAGGGAUUUAAAAAAAAGGUUUUGUUAAAGCCUUACAAGCCUUGAACUGAACUAACCAGCUUCAAGAAGAAAUUACAACAUUACAAACUUUUAGUUGAAGCAGAACUGUAUUGUAAAUUUGACAAAAAACAAUACUUAA